UUAUACGACGCCCGUCCUGCCUUGUCCUUCAGCUGACAUUUUAAAACUCCAUCUCGAGGAGAGCAUACGUGGAGUUACUUAUUUUACCAGUCUCUAAAUAAAUUAAUUCCGACAUGUCCAAAAUCGGUAUCAACGGUUUCGGCCGCAUUGGCCGUCUGGUCCUCCGUGCUGCCGUUGAGAAGGGCGCACAGGUCGUUGCCAUCAACGACCCCUUCAUUGGUCUUGACUACAUGGUCUACCUCUUCAAGUAUGACUCCACCCACGGUCGUUUCAAGGGCACCGUUGAUAUUCAAGAUGGCUACCUUGUUGUAAACGGCAACAAGAUCGCCGUCUUCUGCGAGAGGGACCCCAAGGCUAUCCCAUGGGGCAAGGCUGGCGCUGAAUACAUCGUUGAGUCCACCGGUGUCUUCACAACUACAGAGAAGGCAUCUGCUCACUUGGAGGGUGGUGCCAAGAAGGUCAUCAUCUCUGCUCCCAGUGCUGAUGCUCCCAUGUUCGUGGUUGGUGUCAACCUUGACGCUUACGAUCCUUCCUACAAGGUCAUCUCCAACGCUUCCUGCACGACCAACUGUCUCGCUCCUCUCGCCAAAGUUAUCCAUGACAACUUCGAGAUCGUUGAAGGUCUGAUGACCACCGUGCACGCCACCACCGCUACCCAGAAGACUGUUGAUGGACCCUCUGGAAAACUGUGGCGUGAUGGCCGUGGUGCCCAGCAGAACAUCAUUCCCGCCGCCACUGGCGCUGCUAAAGCCGUCGGCAAAGUCAUUCCUGCUCUCAAUGGAAAGCUGACUGGUAUGGCUUUCCGUGUUCCUGUUGCUAACGUCUCAGUCGUCGACCUGACUGUCCGUCUUGGCAAGCCCGCCAGCUACGACGCUAUCAAGCAGAAGGUCAAGGAGGCAGCCCAAGGACCCUUGAAGGGUAUUCUUGACUACACUGAGGAACAGGUCGUGUCAUCUGACUUCAUUGGUGACAACCACUCUUCCAUCUUCGAUGCUGCUGCCGGUAUCUCUCUGAACGACAACUUCGUCAAGCUCAUCAGCUGGUAUGACAACGAGUUUGGCUACUCCAACCGCGUUAUCGAUCUCAUCAAGUACAUCCAGACCAAGGAUUAAAUGUUAGAUUGCAUUGUAGAGAUAAAUGUUGUUAUGAAUGUUUAUGAAUAUGAUUUUGUCGACGAUAUCGACUUUUAUAAUUUAAGCUUAAGUAUAGCGGUCAAGUCUAAAUUAUUAUUUAACCACUUUGAAAGUGGUGUUAUACGUGUAUAAUGUAUCACGUUUAUAAAACUAUUGCAAUAUCGCAAAUCAAAUCAGUACUCAGUAAAAGUUAUUAAAAUUA